AUAUUCUCCCGUGAGCCUCGGCGCGAUCUGGCCAGGCUGGGCUGGGGAAAGAUGGCGGCGCCUUUGGUGCUGGUGAUGCUGGUAGCGGUGACAAUCAGGGCUGUUCUGUUCCGCUCCAGCCUGGCCGCCUUCAUCUCCGAGCGGGUGGAGGUCGUGUCCCCCCUCAACUCAUGGAAGAGAGUUGUGGAGGGGAUGGCCUUGUUGGAUCUUGGUGUGUCGCCAUACUCAGGAGAUGUCUUUCAUGAAACUCCUCUCAUCGUCUAUCUCUUCCAUUUCCUUGUAGACUAUGUAGAAAUCGUGUAUAUGUUUACAGAUGCACUUACAGCCUUUGCACUUUAUUUGGCUGUUCAAGAAUAUAACAAAGUAUCGUUCAAGCAGCAGAAACUGUACUUGGAACUUAAGAAGUAUUCACCAGGAGCCGCAGAAAUCCUCAGAGUACCGACUGAAAUGUACUAUAUUCCACUAAAAGUGGCAAUAUUCUACUUGUUGAAUCCAUAUACUAUUUUAUCCUGCGUGGCCAAAUCUACCUGUGCCAUCAAUAAUGCGAUCAUUGCCUUGUUUAUCUUGGCUACUGUGAAAGGUAGUCCGCUUCUCAGCGCUGUGUUCCUGUCAUUGGCUACAUACCAAUCCCUGUACCCAAUCACACUGUUUACUUCAGCACUCCUAUAUCUACUGCAGAGACAGUUCAUUCCAGUGAAGAUGUCCAGUACGGAUUUCUGGCUUUUCACUUUUCAGUAUUCAUCGCUGUACCUGGGCUGCCUCACAGUUUUAAUUUGUCAUUCCUUCUUCUUGUUAAACUCUUGGGACUUCAUCCACUCUAUUUAUGGCUUCAUACUCUCUGUCCCGGAUUUGACUCCAAAUAUUGGCUUGUUUUGGUACUUCUUCGCAGAGAUGUUUGAACAUUUCAGCUUGUUUUUUGUGUGCGUCUUCCAGAUCAAUGUGUUCUUUUACACUGUGCCUCUGACCAUCAAGUUAAAAGAGCAUCCUAUGUUCCUGAUAUUUGUACAGCUGGCCAUUAUCUGCAUCUUCAAGUCAUACCCUACGGUGGGAGAUGUGGCACUCUACAUGGCUCUGCUACCUAUGUGGGCCCACCUGUCCAGAUUCCUGCGGAACAUCUUCAUAGUCUCUUGCAUGUUGGUGGUAUGUUCACUUCUCUUUCCAGUUCUUUGGCACUUGUGGAUAUACGCGGGCAGCGCCAACUCAAACUUCUUCUAUGCCAUCACACUGUCAUUUAACGUGGGCCAGAUUCUCCUGGUGUCCGAUUACUUUUACGCCUUCCUUCGGAGAGAAUACCACCUCCAUCACGGCCUCUACCUAACCAAGAAGGAUGGAACUGAAGCCACUCUCGUUUUAAAAUAAAGCCAUGGGGGGAACUUUGUAUGUUCGGAUCAGGGAAGUGGCUUGAUGGAGGGCAGUGCCCUCCUGUGGAGCAGAGAGGCACAGCUCAAGCCUGUCCCUCCGCAACAUUUUAAAGGACAAGCGGGAGAACUCUUUAUUACUACUUUUUAACAGUACAGUGAAUCUUGACAAGGUUAUUCAGCAUGGAUCUCAUCCUGCCCCCUUCUAACAAACAUGUUGCAAUAUGAUUGUUUGGUAAGCAUGAAGCACUGAUGAAGAAGAAAAAAAAUGGUAUGAAUAAAAAAGGCAAGUAGGCAGCCGAUGAGCAGACAAGU